GAGAGAGGGAAAAAACUCAAAAACACCUCAUCUCUGUAUGUCAGAAUCACUGACUCAUAGCUUCCAUUGACAUAAAUCUACUACUGUAACUAUAGCUCAAUUCGUUCCCGCAAAUGAAUCCAGGCAAAAUUGAGGAGGAUCUGUUCCACCACCUCGGCCCAUCGCCGCACCACCACCACCACGAGCAGUUUAUGGACCCUCACCACCACCCGCAAUCGCAGCCCUCAAUCGACGACGACGCCUUCUCGCUCGCGGAAAUCGACCUCUUCCGCGACGACGAAGACGACGACGGCGGCAGCCACACGUCGUCCGACACUGAAAUCCCUCUCCCACCGCCCAACGGCACCGUUCAGUUUCAGAACCCUAAUUUGCCAAAUCCCCCCUCAAUUAACCACAGCAAGCGGCCGGUGAACCAGACUCCGUUGUGCAUUAGCCCCGAGCCGCAUAUCUCCUCCCAAUUCUACACUUUCAACAAGGAAUCGCAUGCUCUUAUGAUUCAGUGCUUAAUUGAGGGCCGAUUGGCCACGCCGGAGGAGAUCCGAGUCGCGACUCCGCCGCCCGUGCUCUCCAGUUGGCGCUCGGUGUGGAAGGAUCGGAACGAGGACACGGCCUAUCUGACGGCGUGGAAGCGCAUUCAGGACAAGCUCAAUGUCCACGUGUCGGAAUCCGCUUCCGGCAUAACUGGUAAUAGUAGCCAUUUUCUUUGUUUCAAGAACAAUACAAGUCAAUAUGUAUCGCAUGUUGAUCAGUGGCAGGACAUAGUCAUGUCAUUUCAUGGUGAUGCGGACUUCAAACACUUAGGCUUGAAAGAAACUAUAGAGAGAAUUAAGCAGGUGUGGACUGUAGGGGCAAAAUUUUAUGGCAUUCCUGAGAGUUACAUUAGGACAUGCGUGGCUGCUUGCCCUAUUUGCUCAGACGAGUCUUCUGGGUGUGCUCCAAGGUCAAAGAGGCGUAGGUUUGAAUACACGGAAUCUUUUGAUGUGCCCGCCAAGGAAGUCCCAUCACAAUUGCAACAAUUGGCUGCGAAGCAUAAGGUUGUAUUGUGCAUACGGCAGAAAUAUAUUAGGUAUAAACCAUUUAUGGCAGAGGUCAAGGACUACGCGUGUCAUAGGGCAGGGGAGCCAGCGUCCUCAAAAAAAUCACGUAUGCUGAAGAGGGAGCCGUAUACGUCUAAGCGGUGUGGGUGUGGCUUUCGUAUUAGGGCGAUAGUUCCAAUAUCAAAUUAUAAUGAGAAGGAUAAGACAUUUGUCUACGAGGAAGAGGGGACAGCUGUCUUUAAGCUUUAUGCGGUGCAUUCAGGACAUGAGCCAGGGCCCUUGGAUGGAAAUGCUAGGAUUAUGCAUCGAAUGGUUGGACAUAAAGGGGGUCUGUUGAUGGAUCAAGAGAACGUAUACGGGAUGGCUGAGGAUGGGGAAAAUGAGAGUUUUGGGUUCUUAGGAAAGGAUGCUGGAGACUUGCAACAUUCAGUUUUGCAGCAGCUGCAGGAAGUGAGGAAUGAAUUGGGGUUGCUUGAGGGUAGGCUUGGUAAAAUCCCACCUUCACUGUUGGGUUCUGUGUCUCGUGAACUCUUUGAUUUCGCGAAUAAGCUUAGAAAUGUUGCAGAUGAUGGAUCCAAGUCUGUUGGGUUGCUGUCAGAGAAGCAGCAUCAGCAUCUGGAUGAUGUGUUGGUGGUGGAGCAUGAUUUGCCAGAUUGGGUUGAUGACCACCACACUAGGAUCUAUGGCGAUGGCAAGGAUGCAGAUGUUAUAGAAGAUGAUGAGGACAGCUUUGGGAGAACUCUUGGUGAGGUUGCUUCUUGGGAUCGGAUGAGGACGGAGUGCAGGAAUGAGAAGGAUCUGCUUGGUGAGACUUGUAAAGAGGAGAAGUGGUUGAAAUGUGGUGACUUUGAUCAGAAGGGAAUUCUUGGGUGCAGUAACCCUAAACUGACCAAGCCCUUAAGGCAUGAUGAAGCAAUAGAUCCAGAUGUGGGUCUUGCUGGUAUACAGGUAGAUGGAUUCUACCCCGAAAAUCCUAAAUGGUUUGACUCUCCUUGUGGACUGGACCCGGGUGCUGACUGUGAAGAUGGUGGAUUCAGACAUGGGGAGAUCGUGUAGAAACUAUCCAUCUUGUUGAACCCACUCUGACUUAAACUGAGUUUUUUGGUACUAUUCGCCUUAAUUCACUGUUGGAAGUGGGUUGUACAUUUAAGUACACAGUUUGAUUGCUCUCAGCCUCUCACAAUCACAGUAACAGCCUUUUAGGUGUCUGUAUUGCAUGUAAUUUGUAAAGUAUAGCCAUUUUGGCUUCUCUGAAUAUACUUUAAUCUGCUCUGUGCUGACAA